AUGCCGGCGUGCACCAAACAAAGGGAAGUGGCAGUUCUUCGCCAACCCAUCCGUGACUCAAUCACCAAAUUGAAACAAGAACUCUUCGAUACCAUCGAUUACAAGGACACCAUGCCAGACAUCGAGUACGAGAGAAAGCUGAGAGUUCUUCUGAAACAAACGCAAGAUGCCACCAAAAACUUGGAGAUUCUGGAUAAGGCCUGGAUAGCGGCGAGAACAAAGCAGCUGAUAAAGUUGCAAACGAAGUACUACGAGCAACCAAAGCACGAAGUCUUCGAGUCGACGAGACACGAGGCUGCUCCCAGCGUGUCACAAGUGCUGGAGCGACUCGCCACCGUCCAGGAAACUCAGGCCUGCAACUUACCGAAAAUGGAGCUCAAGAAAUUCUAUGGCAACAAUGUCGACUUUCUUUCAUGGUGGAAUGAAUUCAAAACUUAUGUGCACAGCCUCAGAUGCUUGACCGAUCUCCAGAAGUUCAAGCACCUGAAAGACCUCUUGAAAGGGGAGGCAGCUAGUUGCGUCGAAGCAAUUCCGGUGACCGACGGCAAUUACGUGAAAGCGGUCAACCACGUUCUUCGAAGGUACGGCAACAAGGAGAGGAUCGUCAUGAGUAUAUUCUCGAAAUUAUUGGAGCUUCCCAAUACUUCCAAAGUCAUCGAAAUCCGAAAACUCAAGUUGAAUCUCGACCGCGUGCUCAACUACAUGACAACCCUGGAGUCGAUGUCAGUGGAGCCAGUGAAUCACUCAACGAUGAUAUACCCCCUUUACCUACAGACGUUGCCAGAAACACUGAUCCGGCAGUUUGUUUCAUCGAUUCCCACCAAUGAGCCAGUGGACGAAGAGACCAUCCGGGAUCCUUUCGACGCCGCGGCCAACGAGUUGCCAGACCUGUUCGCAGGACGGUUGAAAUCGCUCCUCAAUUUCGUAGCGAAAGAAAUCGAAACUCGCGAGCAGACUGGGGAAAUCACUCAUAGCAAUGAGAAGAAAUUCGACCCAUUAUCAAACCCAUCCCGCAGCCAGAAUCAGAUCGACCAAACUGGCAAGAAUAAGACGACCAAUGCACAGGCACGUGAUAACAAGACACCAGUAGAGGGCAAAGUCAAAUGUGUCUUCUGUGGAGCCCCCCACCUAGCUUCCCAAUGCAGAAGCACAGGCCAACUCUCCGUCGAACAGAGAACAGCAAAGCUGAAAGAGGCCAAGCUCUGUACGAGGUGUUUGCGACCUGGUCACAUGGAAGACAAUUGCUCCGUUCGCAUGAGAUGCUACGAAUGCAAAGGAGCUCAUCACAAGAUGCUUUGUCCAGCCUCUUCGCGCAUCGCAGUCAACUUCAUCGGUUCAGGCAACUCAGUUCUACCGACCGGUCACAUUGACUUGCAGGUCGGUUCGAGAUCGAUCCAAGCACGGUUUCUAUUCGACUCGGCAGCAGAGAGAAGCUGGGUAACUGCAGACCUGGCCACUAGGCUAAAUCUGAAGCCGAGUGGGUUCGAGUUCGCAUACCUCUACGUGUUCGGCGGGGGAAAUCCUAAAUGGGAAAAAUGCCCUUUAGUGUCCUUCAACAUUCGAACUUUGGAGGGCAGAAACUUGGAUAUAACAGCUCUGGUCAUCCCGACGAUAACCGACAAAGAACUAGACCUCAUUUCACCUGAUAUCGCAGAACAAAUGCAUCAACCAGCAGAGAGAUCAUCAGGAACGAAGGAGAUAAGCAUACUCUUCGAUGCAUUCGACAUGAUGAGACUCGUGAAAAACAUUCGACACCUCUGCGAAGGUUUGGCGAUCCUUCAGACAGAAAUCGGUGAUGUUGCGAUCGGUGGGAAGCGCAAUGCUUCGAAAGUCGCAGUCAUGGUAUCAGCUCCUGCCUCGCUAGAGGACUUCUGGAAACUUGAACAUUUCGGGAUCCUCCCCCAGGAAUUGCAAGAACAGGAGAAGAAUUGCCAGGCUGCGUGCGAAGCAUUCUCCAAAUGCUUCACGAAGAAAAAAGGGAUGUAUGAAACAAUAAUCAACUUCGACGCGAAGAAAGUACCCUUGUUGAGCGACAACUUCAGCCUAGCGAGAAAGCAACUGGAAUCCCUAACGAAAACAUUGUCUAUCAAACCAGACCUCAAGGCAUCUUACUGGCAAGAAAUGAGGUCUUUCCUGGACAACAACUUCGCGGAAAAAAAUCCAAGGGGAAGCACCCCUAAAUACUUCAUGCCUCACUUCCCGGUCGUGAACGAGACGAAGACGACCUAUAAGGUGAGACCAGUAUUCAACGCUUCAUCACACCUGAAAGGACAGUUGUCUCUCAACGAUUGCAUUCUCGACAUGCCAAAUCUUCUGCCAACGUCAGCCGAGAUGCUGCUCAAAUUUCGCAGUCAUCGGUUUGGGUUAAUUGGCGACAUAAAGAAGGCCUACAUGACAGUCGGCGUCCAGGAGGAAUUCAGAAGCUAUCUCUGUUUUCUGUGGUACGACUCGGAAGAUAUGAAAAAUCCCACAACCUACCGGAUGACCAGAAACACCUUCGGAGUGAAAGAUGCACAAUUUAACACCAUAAUGGCCAUCCGGGAGCAAGCUAAACGAUUCGAAGAUCCUAAGCCUUCCGGAUCGAAAGCUCUGGUUGAAAAUCUAUACAUGGACGAUCUCAUCGCUGGCGAAGAUUCGAUACCAAAAGUUCAUAUCAUCAAAGACGAGGACGAGCUGGUCUUCGAUCCCGACAACCUGAUCCAAUUCGUCAACAGCGCCAAGCCAUGCAAGAGAUCUAUCAUGGGCGCAGCGGCAAGGCUGCACGAUCCAAUCGGGCUGAUCUCUCCUUUCGUCAUGGGUGUCAAAUUGCUACUACAAAAAAUUCAUGUACGCAAGCUUACAUACGACGGAAUCCUACCCAAAGACCUUUUAACCGACUGGUCGAAAUGGUGUGAACAAUUGGCUCAUCUCAAAGAGUUCUCUGUCCCACGGUAUUAUGCAGCAACGAUGGGAAACACACUGGAAAUACAUGCGUUCGCAGACGCCAGCGAGGAAGCUUACGCAGCAGUAAUAUACCUUAAGUCCAUCGAUUCUGAAUCAGGAAAUGCGAAAACAGCACUGGUCAUAUCAAAAGCAAGAAUGACACCCGUGCAAGCACUGAAAACGUUGACGAUACCAAGGAAAGAACUCAUGGCAGCAUUAUUAGCGGCACGACUCAUGACAACAACGAUGAAAGCUCUGAACUUUGAAGCACGACGUUUCUUCUGGACAGAUUCCAUGAACGUUUGGCACUGGAUAAGGGGAGAGACACCUGAGAAACACGGUAUCUUCAUUAAGAACCGGCUCACAGAAUUACUGAGUCUGUCCGCAGCCACCGAAUGGUUUCACGUACCUGGGAAACUCAACCCAGCAGAUCUGCCAUCGAGAGGCAUAUCUAUGGAAAAUCUCAAGUCCAACAAACUUUGGUUGAAUGGUCCCGACUUCUUGACGACAGGUCAUUACCCUAGGGCUGAAAUUCCUCAAACCAUCCUGACCACCAUCACUCGGAUUGGAGUCGGAGAAAAUCCGGUGACGGAGACUGUAAUCGACGUGAAGCGAUACUCUUCGUUAAGCCGUGCAAUCAGAGUCUGCGCGACCGUCCUACGCGCCGCCGCAAGAUUCAAAAGCAACGUAGGCAUCAUAGGCCGACGACAAUCUUCACGUCUGAGAGAAAAAAAGAAAACCGAACUGGAGAAGGAUUUAACAGCCGAGCCUCUGUCCUCCGCCGAACUCUCACAAGCGAGGCGACGACUCCUGCGCGAGGCACAAUCACGUUGCUUCCGGGAGGCGAUAGCGGCCGAUGAUCCAACAGAGUCCCCGAGAAUCUCGAAAUUCGCGCCCUUUAAAGACGAAAACGGACUUCUCCGGGUCGGAGGACGAUUGCAGAAUUCGUGCGAAACGUUCGAGGUACGCCAUCCAGUCCUGCUCGGCUCGGAUGAGUUGACCGAUCUGAUAAUCCGAGACAUACACGUCAAUCAAGCGGGACACCUGCGAACGGACUGCGUCCUGACACUACUGCGUCAAGAGUACUGGGUCCUUCGAGCGCGUUCUGUGGUCAAGUCGGUCAUCCGGUGUUGCAUUGUCUGCAAGCGUUAUACAGCGCAACCGGGAGGGGCCGAGGAAGCACCACUGCCACAGUCGCGUGUCGAAUCAGGAGGCGUUUUCAAAAACAUAGGCGUAGACUAUUUGGGGCCCUUCCAAAUAAAGGGUGCCAAGGUCUGGAUUUGCCUAUUUACAUGCUCUGUCGUACGAGGGCUACAUCUGGAAGUCGCUGAGAACUUGUCAGCAGAAGCUUUCAUCAGCUGUUUCAAAAGGUUUAUCGCCGCCAGAGGAGUCCCUCAUAGAAUCAAUUCCGACAAUGGCUGCAACUUCGUCCGGUCGGCGAAGGCCAUGAAAGCCCUCUGGGACAAUCUUCGAGAAGAACAAACGCAGAACUUUUUGGGUUUACGGGAAAUCGAAUGGUCCUUCAACGCCCCGAGAGCAGCGUGGUGGGGAGGACAAUUCGAGCGAUUGAUCAGAACGGUGAAAGACUGCCUGAGGAAAACCACAAACAUGCACUCGAUUCCUUUAUUCGACUUCCUGACCGUCAUCAAGGAGAUCGAAUCAAUCGUGAACUCGAGACCACUGACCAAUUGCCCAGCAUCGGUAGACGACUUCCCGCCCCUUACUCCGUCACAUUUUCUCACACCCAGCAUGCCUAUAGCCCUACCGGCAGGCCAAGUCACAGGAGCCGGAAUCCGCCCGGACACCCUGGUCCAUGCGUGGAAGCGACGAGAAGCCCUACUCAACGAUUUCUGGAAAAGAUGGCGAACGGAGUACCUCUUGUGCCUCAAGUCAGCUCACGAGCGAAGGACGAACAAGACAGGAGAAACAGCUGUCGGUGAUGUGGUCCUGAUUCAUGAGGACAACAUCAACAGACUUCACUGGCGACUAGGUAGAGUCGUCGAAAUCCUCAAGAGCCGAGACGGUCAAAUCCGCACAUGUAAAGUGAAAACAGCCGGAGGUGUUAUAGAAGUCCCCGACUACUACCACCACCAGUACUACCAGGGCACCGACAUAACCCCCGUCAACCACCAAGAAAUUGGUGGCUCCCACCACUAUCAGACCGUCCAGCACUACUGA